AUGGAUUCAAUAUUUGAUACUACUGGUGAAGGGCAUACAAUACCCAAACCAAGUAAAACGCGAUGGACUUAUAAUUAUGAAAUAGUUCGAUUUGGUGUUAAACAUUAUUUACCGAUCGUUCAAACUCUGGCCACCAUUUCUCAAUUGAAAAUAGAUGGAGCGUCUGAUGGAAAAAGAUAUGCUAUUGAUUUGUUACAAUAUCGCACGGCUUUUGAAAUAAUCCUAUUACAAAAUAUUUUACAACCGGCCAUGAAGUUUCUUCGACAAAUAGAAACAAGAGCUUCGUGCAUGGACAAUUUUACAAUGCACGUAGAUGCAGCCGUAGCUACAAUCAGUCGAGCUGUGGAAGAGUUUGAUUUCAUUUCAUUACGAACGUUAAUGAAUAAUGUACAACAAUAUAUGCCAACAAUACCUUCUACAACUCACUCGACAAGAUCUCGAGCACCAGCACAAGUAGUACUCAUUCAACAAGAUUUUGAUGAAGAUGAGUUACGCGAAAAUGGACAACAAAUAGUGGCAAGUGUUUUACAAUCAUUAAACACGAAAUUUGACCGUGAAGCUAAAGAAUUGAUUAAAAAUGUCUCCAUUUUAUCAACACCAUCGAAGAUGACUGCUGAUGAAUUAUUACACAAUGAAUUGAUACAGAAAUAUACAAAUGAGAUCACAUACAAACAUAUUAGUGUCGAUAAUAAAGUAUAUACAAGAACAGAUUCACCAUUGCUAGACUUCUACAAGUUAAAAACAGAUGUUCAUUCAUUUCUAACAUUAACAAAAGAUAAGACCACAAUUACAUCAGUAUUAACACAUUUAGCCAAAUAUGGGCAAGAACAAGCACCAGAAUGGUAUAGAUUGUAUCAAGUGUUAGCUACCUUUGCUGUUGGAUCAAAUGAAGCUGAACGUUCAUUUUCCGCACUUAGAAGAAUUAAAUCGUGGCAACGUAACCGUAUAAGCAGCUCAACAGCUGAAAUAUGUAUAAAAGUGGCAACUUUAGCUCCAACUUUGACAGAAGAAGCCAUCGAAUAUUUCAUUCAUGACUUCAUUAGUCAUCCAGGUCGAGCAAAAACCAGGAAUAUCAAAAUAUUCAUGAAAGAAGACGAUGAAGCGCAACAAGAAAACAGUGAAGAAGACUAA